AUGGAGCCCGAUGGGGACAGGGACGUGACCAACGCCACCGUCUACGAGCUCGCCCUGCAGAACCGCUCCAACGCCAGCACGCAGUUCACCGGGGUGCAGCUCAUCCAGUCCUUCAAACCCCUCAUCAUCCCCUGCUACGCCCUGGUUGUCCUUGUCGGCAUCUUCGGCAACUACCUGCUCCUCUACGUCAUCUGCAAGACCAAGAAGAUGCACAACGUCACCAACUUCUUCAUCGGGAACCUGGCUUUCUCCGACAUGCUGAUGUGCGCCACGUGCGUGCCCUUCACCCUGGCCUACGCUUUCAACCCCCAGGGCUGGGUUUUUGGGAAGUUUUUGUGCUACUUCGUCUUCCUGAUGCAGCCCAUGACGGUCUACGUCUCCGUCUUCACGCUCACGGCCAUCGCGGUUGACAGGUACUACGCCACCGUGCACCCCCUGAAGAAGCGCAUCUCGGUCACCAGCUGCAUCUCCGUGGUGGGAGGCAUCUGGCUGCUCUCCUGCGGGCUGGUGGCCCCCGCCAUCGCCCACACGUACCACGUGGAGUUUCGGCAGGAGGGCUUCGCCAUCUGCGAGGUGGAGAAGGAGACGCAGCCCCUGGCCUACGCCUACGGCACCCUGAUCGUCACCUACAUCCUGCCCCUCUCUGCCGUCUCCCUCUCCUACAUCUGCAUCUCGGUGAAGCUGAGGAACCGCGUGGUGCCCGGCCACCCCACGCAGAGCCAAGCCGAGUUCGACCGCCUGAGGAAGAGGAAGAUCUUCCGCCUCAUUGUGCUGCUGGUGGCGGCUUUCGGG